AAAUACCCUCAAUUCGUGGGUUUGACAUCAAUCAGCAAAAUGUUUUCCAAAGCAAUCGUAUCCUUUGCUCUCCUAGCAGUGGCAAUCGCCGGUAAGCCCCGAGUCGGUCUUCAGAUGCCGAUCUUGCCGCAUUUUUUACCUCAGGUGGUCGGAGGUGAAGAGGCACCGGAAGGUGCUUACCCGUACAUAGUUUCCCUUCACGCAUACUCCCAGCACUUCUGCGCCGGAUCCAUUUUGAACGAACGCUGGAUCAUAACUGCAGCGCACUGCGUUCAAGCAGUUUCUUCUGCAAAUUAUAUUAGCGUCAAGGCUGGGAAGCACCAUAUUCUACGUAAUGAGCCCAACGAACAGACGGUCAAAGUUUCGCAAGGUUUUGUACAUGAAAAAUAUGGGGGUGGUGUUGGCCCAUAUGACAUUGGUCUGCUUAAGCUUGCGUCCCCAUUGAAGUUGACGAACCGAGUACAAGCCAUCGAGUUGGCAUCACCAGAAAGUGACCCAUCGGGAGAGGCAUGGCUUGCUGGAUGGGGCUCCACCUCGAAAGGCUAUUUCCCGAAAAUGCCAGAAAUACUUCAGCACGUUCAGAAGGAGUACGUCGAUCGCGAUGUUUGUCACGAAUCCGUCGUGCGUUUGACUGGAUCUUCUCCCGUUCAUGAAACCAAUGUCUGCACUGGGCCGUUGUACGAUGAAAUCUCCGCAUGCAGUGGUGAUUCCGGUGGUCCUCUAGUCUCGUACAAUGAACAAAAGCCGGUGCUCACUGGAAUAGUAUCUUGGGGUAUUAUUCCAUGCGGUACUCCAGGCGCGCCAUCCGUGUACACCAGAGUGUCCAAAUUCAAUGAUUGGAUUGCACAGAAAAUUACUGAGUUCGUGUGUACUGUGCCAACAAGGGCUAACAACGGUGCCAUCAAAAGGACGGUCGACUGGACGGCGAGCCCAACGAGGUGUCUCCUGAAAAACAGGUGCCUGGACACCAAUUUGGAGGGUAAGAAAUCUGCUAGGCUGCCGCUGAAGCGACAGGCCGAAGAGAACGUAUUCGGCCUAUCCGGUCAGGACAAAUUACCACGUGUUGAAUUCGACUCUCCGUUACAAGAUCAGUUUAGUAUUUCUAAUCGUUUUCAAUGCCUAGCCGAGACGGUAGAAAUUCUUGAGAGAGAAGACGAGGAUCACGUAGUUCUUUCAAAUAAUGAGCAUGUGAGUAAAGAGUAUCCUAAGACGGAGCUCGCGGUCUAUGCUGAUGAUACUGCUGUGUACACCUCCUCGUGGAGCCCGGCUUUACUCGUCAGCAGGCUGCAAAGGCACGUUGAUGCUAUCGUCUAA